CUCUGAAGAGGUUAUUUCCGCACGGCAGAGAACUAGGACAGAUCACUUGUUGCAAAGUGCGUCGAAUAAUAACGUUUGUAAGGUCUAGAACCAAAAACACUGAAGCCUCCAACCACUUGCAGCAAGCAGGCGUGCGUUUUACUACUGCCUUCUUAAGAUGGGUGGGACACAAAAACUGCCCUGAUCACGCACCACGACCACUCGACUACUCCACCCGCUAUAGAGACACAUCAGUGCAGACUAUCAUCUCCUAAAAUGUUGCUUAUAGUGCUCGUCUUGUUUUUGUGUCCGUUGUUUCAAUGCCAAACCGAGGAUGCUGAAGUUUCGCAGGACCUUGAAAACGACGUGAUUUAUGACAUGGAUUUAAAUACCACUGCUCGUAGAGUCUCGCGGCAGGUGAGAACGUCACUAAACAAGGAGACUAAACCACAUAUUCUGGAGCUGUCGGUCCAGACCACCAUCAUCUCCCGCUAUGCUUUCACUGCAGUGUCCUGCAGCCUGUUAAACCGACACUCGGCUGCCGCUCAAGGGGUCUUUCAGUUCUACAUCCCAACUGCUGCAUACAUCUCCAACUUUACCAUGAUUGUGGGAGGACGUGUCUUUCCCAGUCAGGUAAAGGCCAAAGAGAAGACGAUAAAGAAGGAAGGUGGAGAAAAUAAUGGCAAACCGAAAAAGGACUCACCAGAGAAGAGUGAGGGUGAUAUGGAGUUGUUUCGCAUGGAGGUUACUAUCCCUGGACGCAACCGAGCCAUGUUCCUCCUAACCUAUGAAGAGCUGCUGCAGAGACGAUUGGGCCGUUAUGAACAUGUGACCAGUAUUCGGCCAAUGCAACUGGUCAGCAAACUCAGUGUGGGCGUUACCAUUGUGGAGCACUCUCGCAUAACUUAUCUAGAAGUCUUACCUCUACGGAACACCAAAACUGCAGCCUCCAAUGGCAACGGUAAGAAAGGACCACCAGUUUCCACUGUAGUCAAACAAAACGAAACCUUCUGCAAGAUCAGAUUCACUCCCAACAUAGUGCAGCAGGCCAAGAUUGCCACCAAUGGCAUGCUGGGAGACUUUGUGGUCCAGUAUGAUGUAGAGAGAGAAAUGGGCAUUGGGGACAUACAGGUUCUAGAUGGACAUUUCGUGCACUACUUUGCCCCCAAAGACCUGCCUGUCGUGCCUAAGAACGUUGUAUUUGUGAUUGAUACCAGCGCCUCCAUGGUUGGGACGAAAAUCAGACAGACCAAGGACGCUCUGUUCACAAUCCUACGCGAGCUGCGGCCCAACGAUCACUUCAAUUUUGUCACUUUUUCCAAUCGCGUCCGUGUGUGGCAGCCGGGCAAACUUGUGCCCGUCACACCCAACAACGUGCGCGAUGCCAAGAAAUUCAUCUACAUGAUCUCACCCACUGGAGGCACUGAUAUUAACAAUGCUAUUCAGACGGGCUCAACGUUAUUAAGGGACUACCUGUCCAGCAAAGACGAGACCCAUCACAACAGUGUCUCACUUAUCAUCUUCCUGACUGAUGGGCGGCCCACAGUGGGCGUGGUCCAGAGCCCAACCAUCAUUGGAAACACGAAAACUGCAGUGCAGGAGAAAUUCUGUCUUUUUACGAUUGGUAUGGGUGAUGAUGUGGACUACAGACUGCUGGAGAGGAUGUCCCUGGAGAACUGUGGGACCAUGAGGAGAAUCCCAGAGGAUGCUGAUGCCAGGGCCAUGCUCAAAGGCUUCUAUGAUGAAAUUGGCACGCCGUUGUUAUCUGACAUCCGUGUGGAUUACUCUGAGGAUGCUGUGGAAUACAUCACCCAACACCUUUUCACAAACUACUUCAAUGGCUCUGAACUGGUGGUGGCGGGGAAACUGAGCAAUCGCAGUUCAGACUCCCUGCACAUUCAGGUUACCGCCAGCAACAGCGAAAGAAGCAUCGUGCUAGAGAAAGACGUGUCUUUACGAGAGCAAGAACAGGAAACGGAAAGGCAGCUAGUGGAGGCAGAUGCCGGUCCGAAUGCUGAUGGUUACGUAGAGCGACUGUGGGGAUACCUGAGUGUUAAAGAUGGACUAAAGGAUCGCCUCCGCAGCCAAACAAGCAGCGAGAGAGAUAACUACACACAACAUGCUACAAAUCUUUCGUUAACUUAUAACUUCUUAACGCCGCUUACGCAAAUGAUAGUGGAAAAACCGCAAGUGAUCGUCGAUGGAACUUUAGCAGAGGCGGAGCCCACUGAAGCCCCACCUCCUCAUGAAUCAUCCAAUCAGCUGUCAGAUGAUGACAACAGUCUAACACCCCAGAGCCUCUAUAGAAAUGCACCACCGAAGCCAAGUUCUGGAGUCGUCCAGGCAACAAGUGGCGGUCAUAAACCCAACAAGAAGUCUGUCACCUUAUCCAAAACAUCUGCUGAUGGUGAUCCUCAUUUUGUGGUGGAAUUUCCCCACAGUAAACUCACUGUGUGUUUCAACAUCAAUGGAGAGCCAGGGCACAUUCUCAGACUGGUGUCUGACCAUAAAGACUCCGGUGUGACUGUGAAUGGUGCGCUGAUCGGUGCUCCAGCCCCAGUCGGCAGUCAUAAAGAACAGCGGACGUAUUUCAGCACUAUAACUAUAUUAGCCAAUAAGCCGAGCCGCUCCUACAUUGAGGUGACCCCACAGAAGGUCAUACUGGAUGGCCGUGACCGAAUGAUCCUUCCUUCAGGCUCCAGUAUUUCUGUUGAAACUGCACAUCUGGGCCUGGUACUCAUUGCUAACACAAACCUCACAGUGACCAUCCAAGGGACCAUCAAAUUCGUCAUCCUGUUUCAUCAUUACAAAAACCCAGCCCCCUAUCAGCGAGAUCACCUGGGCUUCUACAUCGCCAACAGCAAAGGACUGAGCAAGGAUACACAUGGGUUGUUAGGUCAGUUCCUGUAUGAGGACAUCACAUUGACGCAUAUCCCUGGAAACUUCAGCACGGCCGGAAAAAACAGCACAACGGAAACACUAGAGAAAAAUGUCUCAGUAUCCAGUUAUCCCGCCCUGAAGCUAAAGGAUCGAACGGUCACUGUCUUGAAGAAAAGCAGGAGAAUUUACUCAGGAAAGCAGACAGUAGAUUGCUGGUUUGCCAAGAACAAUGCAGCUAAACUGAUUGAUGGGCAGUACAGCGAUUAUGUGGUGUCACAUCUGUUUGACACAGGUGACAGAGCUAAUGAAACAAACACACACUGAAACAAUCAUACACAAAAAAACCUCUGGACUUUAAAAAAUACAUAUACAUAACCGUACAUAUACAGUGUUUAAAGUAUAUAAAUUAUAUCCAGUAAUGUGUGGAUAUAUACUAUAUACUGCUUGUUUUGUAAGAAUCUACAAAUAUAUAUUUUAGUUAAUAUAAGACUCAUUUUGUACUAAAUAUUAAAUGAUUACUUACAUUGUUCAGACUUAAUCGUUUUUAGGCGUUAAAAGAUAAACAAUAUUAUUCGUUUUUUAAUAUAAAUGUAUCAAAAACAGACCUACCAUCAGCUCUGCAUUUAUAGAUAGUAAAGUUUGAAAAAUAUAUGUAAAAUAGUUUUUACAGUACAUAAUCCACUUUUUAGUGAACUAACCAGAGAUAAUUGAAACGUGUCACGUGUAACAGCUUUACUGUGCAUCUAUUGGGGUAACACAGGUAGACGUGUGUGACAAAGGGUGAGGGAGAACUCGAGAGUAUCAAUACCUGUCUGUCUGAGUUGGGAACUAACUUCAUCAACUUCAUCGUUUAAAAUGACUGUAAUGCAGUCACAGACCAGGAACUACUUUAUAGCCGUGCAUUGUCAGCAAAAUAAUUUCGCAUCCCUUUAAAGGUGCUGUGUGUCAUUUUUAGGAGGAUCUAUUGACAGAAAUGCAACAUAAUAUACAUAACUAUGUCUUCAGAGGUGUAUAAAGACCUUCCAUAAUGAAGCGUUAUGUUUUUAUUACCUUAGAAUGAACUAUUUCUAUCUUACACAGCAGGUCCCCUUACAUGGAAUUCGCCAUGUUUUUCUACAGUAGCCCUAAACAUCAGUAGUCAUCUCGUUCGGCAAAGAAGCGAAAACGUGACGACAUCUUAGUCCUGUGUCAUCCACCGUAGAGCUUCGAAGGGGGGGGGGUGUGAGGGUGGCGUGAGGCGUUUGUUGCAAUUUGGAACCUCACCGCUAGAUGUCGCUAAAUUUCAUACACUGGACCUUUAAGUCGUGUCAGCCAAUCACAAACAAUUAUUCAAGAACCUUAGGAAAAAUAACCAUAAUAUUGUUUUACCAUAGUUUUUCUAAUAACAUGGUAAACUUUGGUUAUUUUGCUGAGACCAUAGUAAAUUUGUGGCGACUAUCGUUUUACUGCAAAUAAAAUAACUAUGGUUAAAAGGAUAGUUAAACCAAAAUUGAAAAUUCUGUCAUUAUUUAUUCACCCUCAUGUCAUUCCAAACCUGUAUGACUUUCUUUCUUCUGCAG